UUCGGUAUUGUUGAUGUCUCCGUGAAAUUUUAGGGCUAAAUCGUCGUCGAAAUUUCUCGGUUUUCGUGUUGAUCCCAAAGGAUAACCCGGCGGACUGGGCCCUCUCAUGAAUUAACCGAAGAUCAAGCAUGAGCAGGGUGGCCUCGCAGGAGAUAGCGGGCAAGUAUGGGCUGUGCCCCGGCGGAGGGGGGGGGCGGCGCCGGGGGGGAGGAGGGGGGUGGCAGCCUGCAACAGCAGCUCGAGGAGCUGAAGCGCAAGCUAAAGGAGGAACACCGCAAGGAGCUCAAGAUCAAGGAGGGUGCGGAGAACCUGCGCAAGGCCACCACAGACCGCAAGAGCCUGGCCCACGUCAACUCCAUCGUGAAGAAGUCCAACUCGCGCCUCUGCGACCUCCGCCGGCAGCUGAGCGACCUCACGGCCGACAUCCUCGUCAUCCAGGGACACCCGUCUGCGCAGGAUGAGCAGCCAGCGUUAAUGGACAGCUACUAUGGAGACAAGGGGGACGUUCCACUGUCCACGACGGACCAGAGGCUGCAGUCGCUCGAGAAGCAGCUCAACAUCGAGCUCAAGGUGAAGCAGGGGACGGAGAACAUGCUGCAGAUGUACAGCUGCGGGCCCUCCAAGGACCGCAAGCUGCUGGCCGAGGCCCAGCAGAUGCAGGCGGACUCCAAGGCCAAGAUCGACUACAUCCGCAUGAUGAUGGCGCGCCUGAGGCAGAGCCAGGACGCACACGCCAAGGGGAACCACGCCGACGGCGCCGCCACAGACGGAGGGGGAACCAACAACCACCUGGAUUCGGCUGUUGUGGCAGGCAAGGUGGUGGAGGGCACGUCCCCCUUGGAGCUCCAGAUCGAGGACCUGCGGCACCGGCUGAAGGUGGAGUGCGCUGUCAUUGAGGGGGCCAAGAACGUGCUCAAGCUCUGCCAGGGCAGCAAGGUUACCGACCGCAAGGUCUUCCAGGAGGCCCAGAGCAGCCUGGUGGAAUCAAGCGAAAAGCUGGACCUGAUCCGGCGCUCCCUGGAGCUGCGCCGGGCGGAGCUGUCCCCGGGCAGCGCCAAGUGGCAGCUGCUCAAACGGGAGCUGGACGGCAGCCAGCUGGCCAGCCCCUACUCGCCCUCCAUCGUGGCCCACGGGGCCAGGGAGGGACACGUGGUGGGGGGCGGCUCCCCCGCCCCUCCCCCGGCCCCCCUGGCGCCCCACACCAGCUCCCUCUCCAAGCCGGCCUCUGUCACGGGCCAGCUGCAAGUCAGGCUGCUGGGCUGCCAGGACCUGCUGGAGGACGUGCCGGGCCGGCUUCCCCGGGCCCAGAUUGCGGGCAUUGGGGCGGACCUGCGCAGCAGCCUGGUCCGGGCCACGGGCAGGGGCUUCUCCGGCCGCAACUCCUCCCGCUCCUACAGCAUCAAGGAGGAAACCUCCAGCGAGAUCAUGGCGGUGCUGAAGCUGGACAAUGUCAAUGUGGGGCAGACGGCCUACAAGCCCUGCAGCCAGCAGGCCUGGGACCAGAGGUUCCAGAUCACUCUGGACAGGUCGCGUGAGCUGGAGAUCCAGGUGUACUGGAAGGACUGGCGGGGCAUGUGCGCCGUCAAGUUCCUCCGGCUGGAGGAGUUCAUAGACGACGAGCGGCACGGCAUGGCCCUGCACCUGGAACCCAAGGGACUGCUCUUCGCGGAGGUGAGGUUCCUGAACCCGAUGAUCUCGAGGAAGCCCCGCCUGCAGAGGCAGCGGAAGCUCUUCGUCCACAAAGGCAAGAACUUCCUGCGGCCGACCCAGAUGAACAUCAACGUGGCCACCUGGGGUCGCCUGAUGAAGAGGGCCAUGCCCCCCGGCUGCUCGGACCAAGUGGCCACCGUGUCUCCGCCCGAGGCCCUGCUCACCCCAGCACCCGCCGAGACCGGCACCCCCUCGGACGGCACGGCGGUGAUCAAGCUCACCUUCGAGGACUCCGAGGAAGUGGCACCCUCCGUGACACCCCCCCACACUUCGCUCGAAGGGGAUAUUCAGUCUGCCCUUGGGGAGUUUGACUUCCUGGGGGACGAGCCCAGCCCCAGGGCGCCCCCCGCGGGGGAGGGCCAGGGGGCCCCGACGGCCGCCCCGGGCUCCGCCAGGCACUCGCUCACCCCGGAGCCCAUUGUGGAGAUGCCCCCCGAGGAGGACGAGGUUCCCGCUGGAGAACGGGCCCCCCCGGGGAAGGCCCCUCCCUGCAAGGAGGCUGCUCCUGCCACCACCCCAUCCUUCGAGCAGCUCGACACUGUCAAGGGAGCCUUAACGCUGGACAGCUUUGAAUUCAUCAGCGUGCUGGGGAGAGGGCAUUUCGGGAAGGUGAUCCUGAGCAAGCUGAAGCGCAGCGGGGAGUACUUUGCCAUCAAGGCGCUCAAGAAAGGGGACAUAGUCGCGCGGGACGAGCUGGAGAGCCUGAUGGCGGAGAAGCGCAUCUUCCAGGUGGCCAACUCGGUGCGGCACCCGUUCCUCGUCAACCUGUUCGCCUGCUUCCAGACGCCCAACCACGUGUGCUUUGUGAUGGAGUACGCCUGCGGAGGGGACCUGAUGAUGCACAUCCACACGGACAUCUUCCCCGAGCCCAGGGCGGCCUUCUACGCCGCCUGCGUGGUGCUGGGGCUGCAGUUCCUGCACGAGAACCGCAUCAUCUAUCGGGACCUGAAGCUGGACAACCUGCUGCUGGAUGCAGAGGGCUAUGUGAAGCUGGCGGACUUUGGGCUGUGCAAGGAGGGCAUGGGCUACGGGGACCGCACGGGCACCUUCUGCGGCACCCCCGAGUUCCUGGCCCCCGAGGUGCUUACGGAGACCUCGUACACCCGGGCCGUCGACUGGUGGGGCCUCGGGGUGCUGCUCUUCGAGAUGCUCGUCGGGGAGUCGCCCUUCCCGGGGGAUGACGAGGAAGAGGUGUUUGACAGCAUUGUGCACGACGAGGUCAGGUACCCCCGGUUCCUGUCCAUCGAGGCCAUUGCCAUCAUGAGGAGGUUGCUGAGGAAGAAUCCCGAGAGGCGACUGGGCACGAGCGAGAAGGACGCCGACGACGUCAAGAAGCAAGCCUUCUUCAGGAACAUCAACUGGGAGGACCUGCUGACCAAGAAGCUCAAGCCGCCCUUUGUGCCCAGCGUGAAAAACUUGGAGGACGUGAGCAACUUCGACGAGGAGUUCACGUCGGAGCGUGCGGUGCUGACCGCCCCCAAGGACCCCCGACCGCUCACGGCGGAGGAGCAGAACCACUUCAGAGACUUCACCUACGUGGGCGGCUGGUGCUAGGCCCCCCGCCUCUGCCCCGGAGUUGCCCAAAGGUUGCUCCGAAGUUGCCCGGGAGUCGCUCCGGGACUGCUCGUCUGUGUUCCCUGUUCUGUGGUAGAAAGGUCACACCCUCACCGGUUAGGAUUCUCGAGCGUCUUUGCGGAGUCUACUCUGGACCCGAGAGUGCAAAGUGUCUCCGGGAGUGAAGUCGGGCAUGCAAUAAACCCCGCCGGUGAGCUGCGCGACAAAGAGAUCCGCGGAGGCUCUCAAAGAUGUCCCCGCAAGCUCUCUUUGUCCCACCCAAAUUGGAAGAGGAAGGAUUAGGGACAAGAGGUUCUUUUUCACCCGUUCUUUGGGCCCAGCACGAACCAAGAUCUCAGUAGUGACUAACAACAUAUACUUGCGGCAUUUACGAGUAGGCUGCUCGCAAACGCUGCCAGUGUCUCGAAUGUUACUGCUUUGCCGUUUUGUUUUGCUGUCCAUAUUUUGAUGUGAGCCGGACGUAAAGAGCAGUUUCUGAAGAAAAUCUCAAACAGUGGUUGAUUCGCACAGACUGUUCUUUACUGUACCUACCGUAUCUAUGUGAUCGUAAGUGCUUCUCUGUCCAGAUUUAGAAAGGAAAAAGCAUCUUUGGGGGUUGGUGAACGUAACCGUGCAUCAGAUAUAAGUACCACUUACGUAAAGCGUGCUUUCUCGGAAUAGCGCAUAAGCAGGAUUGUAGCCGGAAAGGGGCUUUUUGUUUAAAUGUUUAGUCCGGACAGUUUUUGCUCUAAUUGGUCCACCUCCUAAAGCCAGCGUGGUUCGAUGCCCAUCAGGCUUCGUCUAGUUUAUUCCACGCCCCCCGAUCUUUCAGGGACGGGUCAGUUGAGCCUCUAUCGGGGCAGCACCUUCGUUUAGGACACGGUGACGACUUCGGCGAACAAAGCACGUGUCGGGACAAUAAUAAUCUCGAGCACUCGUUAGAUUCGGGUUAGUUAAGGCGGAGCUUUGCUGUAUCAAGAGCACUCGAUGUCUGCACCAAAGGAAGGGCGUUAGUGGGAACUCCGGAUCUGGGAUUUGCCCCAAACGGGGGGGUGUCGGUAAGGUGUCAAUUGUAACGCAGACGGUGCAAGGGAACGCCCAAUCAGGGGCCUUGGAAACGACGCACACUUUGUUUUGUGGACGCGCGAACAUCGAGGGUCAUUGCCAUGCGGCGUGCAGACGGCUAGAGUUCGUGAGCAUGUCUAGCGACCUCUUCGCGACCAAACCAACGUCUGGGGCAAUCAGCCUCCCUAGCUUGAACGGGAAUCUCGGCAGCCCUUUUCCCCGCCGGCACUUCCGCAACUGAAGCCAAUUCCCCGCGCACCCGUAGAUGCGACACGUGCGCGGGGAAACCUGCCUUUUUGGAGCGAGGGCUCGCUGAAAUCGUGUACGCAGUACAAACGGUUCUCUCCUCAAACUGUCGUUUUGCUCACGCCGCGGAACAAAAUAAGAACGUGCCUUUUUAAUAUUUUUUUUUAUUUUUCCUCGCGGAAGUUGUGCUCAAAGAAGAGAAGCGGCGUUUUUUUUUUUGGGGGGUCUUCUCGGAGGCGCUGCGUCGAGCCGGUAGACGACCGACUGCUGUCGAGUCCCGAAGUGGCGUUCUCUAAAUCGGCCCUAGGUUGUUUUAGAGAACGGCGUUUUGUAAAACGGAGUUCUCUAAAACGGCCCGACCAGUAGUGACCCAAGGUCGGGGGGUGCGCGACCUUGUCGAGUGCACGCUCACUUCGCAAGUAUGCGGCACACCAAUACUCAAGCACGCGUUGGAAUAAUAAGCGGCGACGGGAGACGUGGAAAGCACGCCCUUUCUUUGCGCACGGAACGGUGCCUAGUGCCGUGCACUUAAUCGUCUGUGCCUGCACGCUACCCAAGCGCUCCAUUUGUUUUCUUUGGUGCGGUAGUUUGCGUCGUCCCCCACUGCUACGAGUUUGCUGUUGGGUGAGCCUGGCACGUAGUGUCUUCUCAUUCAUUUGCAUGUAUGUUGUUUUUUUAGAUUUCUUUAACACUAUUUAUACAUCAUUUUCUUCCAUAUCGAGGUCCUUCUUUUUUUCUUUUUCACCCUCACUUGCGUCGUGAUUUUUCUUUUUUUUUUCCCCGGAGAAAGUGCCCUGUUGUACGACUUGGUGCAUUUUGUAAGGGGGGACGCAGAUGUUGUACUUAGGUGUUGAUGCUUCAUUUGUCUUUAAUAUGUUUCCUCUAUGUCAGGAGUUGCUGCUUGUUUGCAUUUUUUUAGUGUGUGGAUGCUCUUUUAGACAUUCUUGCAAUUGAAUUUGCGCUCUCCGUUGUCUCUAGUAUGUUUCGAGGUUUGCAGAAGUGUUGUUUGAAGAGUGUAGACGACUCAUGGAAAUCAUCUAAAAAGGCACAAGCUGGCCAGCUUUCCUGCCUUCACUUUUUUUUUGACAAGUUUUUUUUAGCAAACUUGCAAGUUUUGGAGCUCUGUUUUUGCUACCACCACUGAUCACUAAUGUUAUGCAUGAGAAGGAUCUCCCUUUGCCGCAGGAGUAGCAUGUUCCGAGAUGGGAGAUCUUGCGCAGAGUCGACUGGCAUUAGUUUUCGGUCGCUGGCACAUGUUGACGCAUUUAUCUCUAUGGGAAUUUGCACGGCGAUUAAUCAAGUGCCGACUCCCAGUUUUUCUCAAGUCGGAAGAGCGACUAAGCUGCGUAUUUUCUACUGGAUUCAGAACGGACGUCUCUUUACAAGGUUCGUGGGACACUAUUUUUGAUAAUGUGUCGUUUUCCUUUCUUCCCAUUUUUUUUUAAAAAUCCGGGUGGUGUCAAUUUUACCAGAAAAAAAAUAAACAGGUGCCAACAUUCUUUUUUUGUAACAGCUCUUUUAAUUGGGCUUUCUCAGUGUUUUUAUGACCGCACAUUUUUUUUUUUUUGGAACGGAGCAGUUGCAUGUUUUGUGGAAGUGCGGUGUACUGUACAGAUCUCUGGGAAACGCUGGAACAAAUGUUUGCGGAGACGAUUGCACGAAGUUGCAGGUCCCGUAGGGCAGGCUCUGUUGAUUGCCGGUCUUCCGUUUUAUGACAGGAUGCUAGGUGUAUUUGUAUAUAUGUUCGAUUGUACUGUUACUAAAUAAAUUAAUUCAUUUCA